GGUAGGCACCACCACGCUGGGCUAAUGUUUGUAUUUUAAAUAGAGAUGGGGUUUCACCAUAUUGGUCAGGCUGGUCUCGAACUCCUGACCUCAAGUGAUCCUCCCGCCUCAGCCUCCCAAAGUGCUAGAACUACAGGCCUGAGCUACUGCCCUUGGCCCCAUCCGGUACUUUUGGCCCAACCCCCUCCAUGGCUGGGGGCGCGGAGGCGGAGAAAGAAGUCACUUGCCCUGGUUCUACCUUGAAGUGGUUCUCAGGGUUGGGGCGAGAGUCGGGGUGGGGACCGGGAUGCAGCUCCAUCCUGUGUCCCUGGUCGCAGCAGGCAGCCCAGCGCUUUGCGUGUUCUCCUUGGCCUUUCCGCUGCUGCCAAAUGAGUUCAGGUCUAGGCCGACCAGAGGGGGCACCCGGUCGGAGUCGGUUGGCCUCCGGCGGCCCCGCCUUCCCCCGCCCGCCAGGCGGGCCCUUCUCGACGGCGCGGGGCGGGCCCUGCGGGCGCGGGAGUGAAGGCGGAACCACGACGGGCAGAGCGCACGGAGCCGGGAAGCCCCUGAGCGCCCGUCGGAGGGCCGAGCGCGGCGCCGAGGGCCAUGGAGCAGCGGCCGCGGGGCUCCGCAGCGGUGGCAGCGGUGUCUACGGCGCUCCUCCUGGUGCUGCUGGGGGCCCGGGCCCAGGGCGGCACACACAGCCCCAGGUGUGACUGUGCCGGUGACUUCCACAAGAAGAUUGGUCUGUUUUGUUGCAGGGGCUGCCCAGCGGGGCACUACCUGAAGGCCCCUUGCACGGAGCCCUGUGGCAACUCCACCUGCCUUCUGUGUCCCCAAGACACCUUCUUGGCCUGGGAGAACCACCAUAAUUCUGAAUGUGCCCGCUGCCAAGCCUGUGAUGAGCAGGCCUCCCAGGUGGCCCUGGAGAACUGUUCAGCUGUGGCCGACACCCGCUGUGGCUGUAAGCCAGGCUGGUUUGUGGAGUGCCAGGUCAGCCAAUGUGUCAGCAGUUCACCCUUCUACUGCCAACCAUGCCUAGACUGCAGGGCCCUGCACCGCCACACACGGCUACUCUGUUCUCGCAGAGAUACUGACUGUGGGACCUGCCUGCCUGGCUUCUAUGAACACGGCGAUGGCUGCGUGUCCUGCCCCACGUAAUACCUAGCUGUCUUGGGAUGGAAGGAGGGGCAGCUGGGAGCAGGGCAAGGGCCUGGGGUGGGGCAGGUGCUGCUGGUUCAGGAAUAGGAAGAGGGGACAGGGAGGAGGGAACUUGGCCCUGUGUUGGAUGGGCCCCACUUCAGGUAAACUUAGAUGGUAAAAGAGAAAUCUGCAUCCUCCUUAGCCAGAUAUAUAAGGGUAUGUGCCUUCACUUUCAGCCAGCAUUCCCCCC